AUGGCAGCUCCAGAAUAUCCCAAAACUCCCCUUAACAAACUCGGCCGUUUACCAGCCCGCGGUCAGUCAACAUACCUGCCUGAGUUGUUGAAGACAAUAGUUGACAAGAUGAGAUUACUAGGAAAAUACGACUUCCCAACGAUUCACGGCCUGGUCAACUCCUGCCCCGUCUUACACGUCUCAUUCAACGACCCGGAGCAAGACUUCCCCGUCGUCCUGCCAAUGCUAGGCUGUACCGGAAACUUCGAGGACCAAACCGCCGACCCUCUCAUAACCGCGCAAGACAUAUACAUCCACGGCUACGUGUCCGCGCGCUUAUUCCGCCAAGACACCAACUCCACCACCUCCUCCACCCCAGGCCUCCCCAUCACCAUCUCCGCCACUUUUCUCGACGGCCUCGUCCUCUCCCUCACCCCCUUCCACAACUCCUGCAACUACCGCUCCGCGCUGGUCUACGGGCGCGCCGCGCUCGUCACGGACCCCGCCGAGGCGCUGUACGCCAUGAAACUCAUUACCGAUAAUAUGCUGCCGGGCCGCUGGGAGAAGAGUCGCGUGCCGCCGACGGAUGUGGAGUUGAAGAGCACGGGGAUUUUGAGGGUGCGGGUGGAGGCGGGGAGUGCGAAGGUUAGGGUGGGCGGGCCGAGUGAGGAUCGCAAGGAUUUGGAUAGUGGGGAGUUGAGGGGCAAUGUGUGGACGGGCGUUGUGCCGUAUUGGGGGACUUGGGGGGAGCCGGUUGAGGGGAAGGAGAAUGGGAGGAGUGAGGUUGAGGGGUAUAUUGAGCAGUGGAGACAGAAGGAAACAGCAAAGGCGAGGGGGGUAUGCAUUGGACGCGAUAGAGAUGGAGGGUAA